AUCAAAAUUGAUUCAUUUAGAUGUACUCUGCCUGUCUCUGAAUUCAUCAUUCAUAGAUCGGGAAACAUUUUCUUCCAUUUUAAUUUGAACGUUGCUUUUUCUUCGUCGUUUUUCUGGUGAAAAAUCAUUUUUUCCUUUUGGCUGUACGUCUACCCAUCAUCAUCAUCAUCAUUUACACAUGAUUGGAAAUUCAUUACAACGAACAUCAACAACAACUGAUGGGACAUUACCAUCUUCAUCAUUAUUGUCAUCUUCUUGUUCAUCAAUAUCAUCAUCAACAACAUCAAUAAUAACAACACAAACAACACAAGCACCAUCAAUAAUGACAAUAUUAUUACGUUUAUAUAAAAUAUUUUUAUGGAUAACACAAAUAUCCCGAUUAACAAUAUUGUUAAUGAAAACAUUAGCCGGUCCAUUAAUGGCAGCAAUACGACCAAGUCGUAAGAAAAAUGUCCAAAAUAAAGUCGUAUUGAUUACAGGUGCUGGUUCAGGGUUAGGACGUGAAUUGGCAAUAAAAUUUGCUGCUGCUGGUGCCAUUACAAUCCUAUGGGAUAUCAAUGAGACAACAGUAAAACAAACAGCCGAAAUGAUUGAAGAAAUGAUUGAAUUAAAUCAUCAACAAACAAUCAAAAAAAUUGGCUGGUUUGUUGUUGAUGUUCGUAAUGAAGAACAAGUUGCGCAAGCAGCACAAAAAUUAAGACAACAAUUUGGUGAUUUAGAUAUUCUCGUAAAUAAUGCCGGUAUUGCACCAUGUGAACCAUUUAAAAAUUUAAAAUCGGAAAAAAUUCGUGAAAUUUUUGAUGUAAAUAUUAUGGCACAUUUUUGGACGGUCAAACAAUUUCUACCGGCAAUGGAAAAAAAUAAUUCCGGUCAUAUUGUUGCUAUUGCAUCAUCGGCCGGCAUAAUGGGUAGUCCUUAUUUUACAGCCUAUGGUGCAAGUAAACAUGCUGUUGUUGGUUUUAUGAAAUGUAUGUACGAAGAAUUGGAUGAAAAUUCCCAGAUACGUUUGACAACUGUUUGCCCAUUGGGUAUUAGUGGUACCGGUAUUGAUAUACCAACUAAAACAAGAUUUCCAUGGCUAUUACCAGUAAUGCCAUUGGAAUAUGCAGUUGAAUUAAUAUUCGAUGCUAUACUUCGUGAAGAAGAAUUUUUCGUUUUACCAAAAACAUUUAAAUGGAUACAUAGGCUUUUGAGUAUAUUUCCACAAAAAAUGGCCAGUACAAUAUGGAAAUGUUUGGAUUAUUCAGUCGUACCAACUGGUCUUUAUGCACCAAUUGGUCGUGCACAUUAUCAUGAUCGUAUUUAUCGGAAAUUAUCAUUAGCAAAUGGUCAUGUUUAUAAUAAUAAUCAUAAUCAUCAUGGUGGUGUCGGUCAUCAACAACAUCAACAAAAUAAUCAUCAUUCACCAGCAACAUUACCAUCAACGAAUCCAUCAACAUCAUCAUCAUCGUCGUCACCAUCACAUCGAGCAAAUCGUUCAUCAAGUUUUCGUUAUUGAUUCGAUUUUCUACCGGAUACCAACAACAAUACAAUCGAUAUCUGUGAAUAUCGAUACAAUCGAUAUUUUUGUUUCGCUCAAUACUCAUUUUUUUUCAAUUUUUUCCAAUCGAUUGAUAAUUCUGAA